UAAACAUUUGUAUCAGUUCACCUUUAGGCUUAACAACAAUAACACAACAAAAAUGUUCUCUAAGGUGCUGUGCCUUGCUGCUCUAGUGGCUGUAGUGGCCGCUCAGUCCGACCACGACCACGGCCACCACCACGGUUACUCCUCGCAGCACAUCUCGCGCCACGACGGCAAACCAGAAAAAGUCACUGUUCACGUAAAAGACAAACACGGACACGGUCAUGAAAUUCACGAUUACUACGCCCACCCUAAGUACGAGUUCGAGUACAAAGUGGAGGACAAGCACACUGGCGACCACAAGACCCAGCACGAGCACCGCGAAGGGGACGACGUGAAGGGCUUCUACUCCCUGCACGAGCCUGAUGGUUCCGAAAGACACGUCGACUACCACAGCGACAAGCACACUGGCUUCCACGCUACUGUAAAGCACAGCACUCACCACCUUGUUCCUGAGCACCACCAUCAUCACCAUUGAGCCGUACCCGUACCCACCUAUCAAAAUGUUAUUGUGUUACUUAUUUAUAAGAUUCUGUUUGUGUGAUAAAUAAAUGUUAUUAAUUGUAA